UCGUUUUCUCUGUCUUCCCCUGUCUUGUUUGUGCCGGCGCUACAAAAUCCCUAGCUCUCUCCCCCUCUCUCUCAAAUCUAUAUCUUUCUCCCUACCUCUGCAUAUAUACACACACCUGUACGAUAGACUAAUCAAAUUCUUGAAGGGUGAACGGCUGCACAACGUUAUCUUGAAGUAUUCGAGUUGUGAAGAUAUUUCUUCAGUGUUCUCCAUUAUAAAGCUUUAAUCUAUAUUAAACUUCUAUAGCAAAUGGAUAGACUCGAUACUUCAGGAUUUAUAAGUGGUGGUGGGAUGUACCCUUUUAGGGACAUCUAACGUUUUUUUUUGUUUAUUACUAAUUUUGUUUUAGCCCAGAAGUCAGACAGACUGUUUUUUUUUUUUUUUUUUUUGGUAGUUGUAAUUAGGUUAGUCGUUUUUUUUUUAGCUACCAGUUCAUGGAUGCAUCUGGUUCUUCCGUCCCUUUCUUUUUUGCUUCAAAGGGAACUAAAAGGAAGUGGGGUUUGAUGGAUGGAUCUAUGGGCACUGAAAUCGGUUCUUCAUUGUGUCUUGGGCUAGGCAAUUCGUCCAGUUCUUCAGACAGCAAAGGGAGUUCAGCUACUGCAUGCACUACAAUGUCUUCAGCCAAAGAAACUGACGAAGAGUCAUCAAUGGAUCUUGAGCUGGACUUCUCACUCCAUCUUGGCAAUGAAAGGAUAACCAGUCCAAAGAAAGCUGCUAGGUCUAAUUUGCAUCCCAAGGUGGAUCUGGAGUUGAGUCUCUCGACUGGGCCUACUGAAUCUGAUAUCACCAGUGUCCAUCUAAGUUCUGCACCUCAAAAUGUCACGGAGAUGCCACUGGCUGUUAAUGAAGGAUCAAUGCCAAUAAGUUGGUUAUCUGGAAAUUCUUUCCAUCCGUUGCCUUCUUCACCGAAGACACAGGCUAGUUUCUUCCUUGACCAGACUUUCAGAGAAGUCGAUUCAGCUCCCAUUGUUCGGGACCUCUCAUCAAGUGCAGUAACACCGCCAAAAAGCUCAGCGACCUGUACUUCUGGGAUCAUACAACAGCAGCAACGCAGCAGUUCGAAGACAUGUCAGUUUCAAGGAUGUGGAAAGGGAGCAAGAGGUGCUUCUGGCCUUUGCAUUGCCCAUGGUGGUGGCCGGAGGUGUCAAAGAUCUGGCUGCCAUAAAGGAGCUGAGGGCCGAACUGUGUACUGCAAGGCCCAUGGUGGUGGUCGUCGAUGUGAAUUCCUAGGAUGUACUAAGAGUGCCGAAGGACGCACAGAUUUCUGUAUUGCACAUGGUGGUGGCAGGCGAUGCAGUCAUGAGGGUUGCACUCGUGCUGCCAGAGGGAAAUCUGGAUUGUGCAUUCGUCAUGGCGGUGGCAAGAGAUGCCAGAAAGAAAACUGCACAAAGAGUGCAGAAGGCCUCUCUGGUCUCUGCAUUUCCCAUGGAGGUGGUCGCAGAUGCCAGUAUCCAGCAUGUACAAAAGGGGCUCAAGGAAGCACAAUGUUCUGCAAGGCGCAUGGUGGUGGCAAACGGUGCACGUUUGAAGGGUGCACCAAGGGUGCUGAAGGAAGCACAUCUUUCUGCAAGGGCCACGGCGGAGGGAAAAGGUGUUCAUUUCAAGGUGGUGGGGUUUGCCCAAAGAGUGUCCAUGGAGGGACUCUUUUUUGUGUAGCUCAUGGAGGUGGUAAGAGGUGUGCUGUGCCAGAUUGCUCAAAGAGUGCAAGGGGGCGAACCGACUUUUGCGUCCGUCAUGGUGGGGGCAAGAGAUGCAAAUUUGAAGGGUGUGGCAAGAGCGCUCAAGGUAGCACUGAUUUUUGCAAGGCACAUGGUGGAGGAAAGAGAUGCUCUUGGGGCCACCCUGGGUCAGAAUUCGGCGUAGGUGAUGGUCCUUGCAAUUCAUUUGCUAGGGGGAAGACUGGACUUUGCACGUCACAUGGUGCCCUGGUGCAGGACAAGCGGGUUCAUGGGGGUGCCACUUUGGGAGUUUUGGUAACUGAGAAUAGGCAAGGGGUGGUCGCUGAUGACGAUAUGAAUGAUGACAUCAUGAAGAUGGAGGGUAGUUGCAUGACUUCAGUUGGCUUCCCUGGUUUCGAAGGGCAACAAUUCAUACGUCAGCAAGCUCGCCCACCAGUUGGGGUAGGAAGGCCAUCAUCAGUUCCGGCUGUGGUCCCUGAAGGACGGGUGCAUGGGGGAAGUCUGAUGUCACUGCUGACCAGCACUUCCGAUCUCGGCUUAAGCAGCCGCAAAUGGGUGUAAGGUAGUGUCGACAUGUCCCUUUUAGUCUUGUUAGUUGCAGAAAGUUUUCUGCUUGUGGUUCUUUGCUUCUGUAAUUCGUUUAGUGGCCUUGUGAUGAGAAGCUGUUCUCUCAUUUGUUGAUUUAAAUGGUGAGAACUUGUGGAGUAUUUUCUUUGAUCACCAUUGUGCGACAAUAAAACAGAGAUCAGCUAAGACUGUAUGUAGUUAGCCAUUGGGGUCUGGGUCAUUGGUGUUUUCUCUUGUAAAUAUAGCAGGUUCUUGUGAAUGUAGCAUACCAUGUGUGGUAUCAGUCUGUCUGGUGUUCUAAGUUAAUACAAAUAAGGCUUUGGCUAAUCA